AUGGAGCAAACAGUAGAUGAUUCAGAUCAGACACUUCCCAGGAAGCUGGACUGGCUGAGGCUUAAACAGAGUUGUGGGAAGAGAUUUGGACAUUCAGAUUUCAAAAAACAUUGCAAACCUUUCCACUGGGAUCUCCACAAGUGGAGGCUAGAAAAAGGCAGCCAGCAAAGGCUUUGGGCAGACUGUUUCUGCUGCAAGCUGGCAGAGGAGUCCCCAGCACAGUGCACAACAGUCCUGGUUACAGCCUGCAGCCUUGUGCUCCUGCCCGCAGUCUGGAAGUACUUGACUCCAGCAGCUUCCUUUGCUUGUGUAGGGGUCAGGACUGGACCUACACGUCAUGCGGACGGUGGCAGAGAGACGGGGUCUGAGACUGUUGCCAUCUCUGCCACCGUCGUGAAUUCCUUGUUAAAGAAGCUGCAAGACAGAGAGGGUGACCGAGCGGAGACUUACCGCCGCCUCGAGCAUGUCUUGCAAGGAGAUGAUACCCGUCUGCAGAGCGGCGUUGUGAACCGAGUGCUCGCAGAGGUGUCUGGAGACAUGAAGGCAGCCCAGGGUGCAGUGAACGAUGUGACAGCAGCUGCUGGUGACGUCCUGGUGGCUCUGGCUCGUUCCCACUUCGAAUUUGUGAUGUCCGAGCUCCAGGGCCACCUGAAGAUCAUGAGGGGAGGAGCAUGCCAGGAGUUUGUGCUCACCACCUUGAGCAAACUGGCCAGCAACUAUGCCCUGCGGUGCAUCCCCUUUGUGGAAAUGACGCUCCCUGCUCUGCACGCCAUGCUGAGCCAAGUGGGGAGCAGCCGGAUCCUGCGCGCCAUCUGCAGCGUGCUGGAGCAGUGGUCGAGGGCGAUCAACGCCUACUUCAACGCCUGGGAGCAGUGCCCCUUCCCUCGCGUCGGGGAGGAGCAGCUCUGCGAGCAGGUGUACUCCCUCUUCUGCCACGCUGUGGGAAACUGGCUGGGCCGUAAGGAGGAGGAGGACAAGCAGGCCGUCUUUGGAGCGGUGGCUGCUAUGAUGGCUGUCGUCCUCCAUGAUGCGCAGCACCAGGACGACGUGUGGAAGCAGGUCUUCUGGCUCCUGCAGCAGUACCAGGAGGUCCAAGAUGCCUCCCGGGUGACAGAGAGCCUCCAUUAUUUCCUGAAGACCUUGGAGGAACUUCACGCUGUCGCCCCCCAGGACAAGCUCCGUGCCAUCGCUGCUGCUGUGCACCACCAGCUUGUGGACGAGACCAGGCAGCACAGCGCAGGCCACAAAGAAGAGCUGAGGCAGUGCAUUGUGCUUCAAGCUCGAAUCUACCCGGAGGAGACGGUCAUGUUUCUGCUGUCCCAGCUGAGCAGCGAGAACCAGGGCUCCCGCGGGACAGCGCUGACCCUGCUGGGAGCUGUGGCGCGCUGUGACGAACCUGCAGUGAGAGAGAAGCUGCCCCUAAUUGUAGAGGCCGUGCAGCCCUUGCUCAUUGAGUCCGGCACCCAGUUGAGGAGAGCGCUCCUGGGUUUCAUCAAGGAUCUGCUCAGCGUCAGCAUCCCGAGCUGCUCGGCAUGGGAUGUGGUGGCGCACAUCUUUGUCGAGUUCAGGCGGGCCUCGGACAGACUGGCACUGGAAGACGUCCAAGAAGAAAGAGACCUUCAGGCCCAGUGCAUAGAUGUCCUGGAGUCUCUGGAUCUCUCCGUGGGAGGGAUGACCGAACUCUUGUGGCCACGGCUCCUGCAGUACGUGGUGCCGGCCCAGUACUGCGGCAUGCUGGUCCCGCUGUCCCGUUGUCUCCAAGCCCUGAUCGAGAGACAGAAGCGAGCAGAAGGGCAAGAGGACACCGAGAAGCCCGCUGACGUCCAGGAGCAAGCCAAGAAGCCCACGCCACAGGCACUACUGGUUCGGCUGCUGGUGGUGGCGGCGGCUUGCGAUCGGUGCAGAGAAUGUGCGGUUGCUGCCCUACAGCUGCUGCAGGCCCUGCAGAGCAGGAUCCACGGAUCCCUGAGGGGACUGUGGCCCGUCCGCAUCUCCUGCAUGCUGCAGUACCUUGAAGAAAAAACAGAGGGCUCCCUGGACUCUGCAGAGUGGCAGUGCUAUCUGCUUAAGUUCCUGACGGAGUCGGUGGAGGAGAUGCUGGUGGACCAGCCAUGGGUAGUGUGCCUGAGCCGGGAGCUGAGCCAGCAGCUGAGCAACUCCUCCAGCAGCGCCGAGGACAAGAAGUUCCUGUACCGGGCUCUCGGCACGGUGCUGGCCUCUUGUCGGCAGCUCACCCACGUCCAAGGGCAGCUGCUGAAAUACUUAAAAGAAACGGAUGCCACCAGCCCAUGUGACAGACAGGGAAUAGCUUCAGUGGUCUCCUAUGCUGCUGAGCGCCACUUCUACCUGGCCCUGGAUGCAGUGUGCAUGUUCACCAAGGGGCUCAUCGCAUUCGACAGACGUCGAAAGGUUGCACUGCGUGCGCCCAAGUCAGAACUGCUGGCCUGCGUGGAGGAAGGCAUCCUGGCCAACAUCCUGGAGCUCUUCCAUGCCUGCAGAAAGGAACUGCAGCACAAGCUCGCCCUGCUGAACAGCAUCAGGGACGUCACCUGUGCCAUCCGGGCUGUGGACACCAAGCACAGCUUCAGGCUCUGCAAGAAGCCGGAGGUGCUGGAGGUCCUGCUGGACUUGAUGGAGGAGGAUGCCUGCGACACCCCCGUGUCCCAAGUGCACCUCAAGAUGCUUCAAGCUCCUGGAGCAGCUGAGUCUCUGCAGACAUCGUGUGAGGAAGCUCUGGGCCAGCUUGUGUCAGCCCUUCUCAAAGCAGAAGGGACCUCCAGCGCCUUCGCGGCCAUGGUCUCUAUCUUGCUGUGCCACCUCACGUCAGCGAAAGCAUGGGAGCGAGAGAGGGCCCUGCAGGUCUGCGCCCAGCUGCUGGGCACUUACGAAGAGCUCUUCAAGUGUUCGAGGGAACUCACCUGCUCGCAGUUCGGCUCCUUGGUCGGCGUGCUGGGGCCUCUGCUGAGCGACUCCCAGGCCACGUCCCGGCAGAGAGCAGGGGCCUGCCUCAGCUGCCUUCUCCGGAUCCAAGCAUGUGGCAUGACGAAGACCAGGAGAGCGGUGCUCCAAGCGCCUGACUGCAAGGAGCUGUGUGAGAGGCUGGGGAGCACGGAGGACGGGUCUCUGUGUGAGGACCCUGCCGAAAUAGCGAAGGGGGUUUGCCAGUACUUCCCCCAGGGACAGGCCAGGAACUUCAUGGACGCCAUCAUGAAGACCCUCGCAUGCACUAACGAGGAGCGUGCACAAGCGGCUGGCGACUGGAUGAUCGUAUUCCUGGAAACGCGCGGAAAGGAAAUACGUCCAGAGGUGCCUGACGUCAUGAAGACCCUGUGGAAGGCCAUGUACACCAUGCAGCAGAGCACCCUCAGGGACCUCCUCUUCAAGGCAGCCUGUCUCCUGGCCGGCUUCCACCUCCAGCCUGUGGUGGACAGCCUCCUCCAGACAGAACUGCUCUCAGAGAGAGACAUGGUGCAGCUCUGGAGGAGCCUGGGCAGCAGCGACCUCGGGCCUCGGGUCCUGAGGCGCUUAACUGAGAGGCUGGACAAGGCAUCUAAAACCAGACCUUUGCGCAACGAUGCUGCUCAAGAGCUGGAGCGUCUCAAGCUCCUCUGUGCGAUCUCUGAGAUGGCGUCUGCUCUGCUGAGCACGGAGGCAAUCCGGGACCUGCUUCCUCACCUCCUUCCAGCCCUCCUGCAGGGGGUCAGCAACGAACUGGGGGUAGAGCUGCUGUUUCCCCCUCUGAGUCCUCCAAGAGGACUCCUCCUCUUCAAGGACAUGGGACAAGAGGAGCUGUUGUGCGGACUCUACUGUGAUGCUCUGGAGCAAGUGCUGAGAAGAUGCCUGGACGAGAGGUGGCAGCGGGUGCUCUGCAGGCAUGGAGUGUGGCCAUCCCUGGACAUGCCUCAGUGGCACUGCAACAGCGUGCAGCUCCUGACCAGUGUGCUGCUCCGUGCCCGGCUCGUCUCGCGGGCGCUAAUACGGACCUUCCUGCCGUGGCUGCACUCCCCCUUGCCAAACCUGCAGGUCACGGCGCUGGCUUUCUUCGCCGAGCUGAUGAAGGACCCGCCAGCUGAGGGGAAGGAUCUCCUGAAGCCCCUGCUACGGCUCUUCCUGGAGAAGCUGCAGCAUCCGAGCUGUGCCGUGCAGCAGAUGGCAGCGAGAGGCCUGGGCAGUGCUGUCAGUGGCUUGCCCAAGAAGGUUCAAAAGCACAAGAGGAGCAUCGUGGCAGCACUGGAGCGUGAAAUGAGGACUGCGGACCAUCCAGAGGUGGCUGCGGAAAGCAUGUUGGCCCUGGCAGAAAUCCUUGCAAAGCAGACGGCGAAGGGCUUGGGCGGGGCCUUCAGACGCAUCGCCCGCUCCGCCAGGAAGUUCCUUGAUGCCGAGCAAGAGGACCUUCGUUUUGCGGCCUUCAGUCUCUACACGGCCCUGGCUGCUGGCGCCAAGGACAAUCUCACCACGUUCUUCAGCAGAGAAGUGGAGCAGAUAUUGGGCAGCCUCUUCCUGCACCUCCAGGACCCCAGCUGUGCAGUAUCCAGCGUUUGCAGGACAGCCCUCUAUGUCUGCGCUCCUUUCGUCGAGCCAAAGGGGCUGCAGGUAGUCAUCAUGAAUGCCAUUGGGCGCACUGGGGCACAGCUGCAGAGCGAGGUCUGCUCUUACCUGGAGACACAUGCUCCCGAGCUGCUGAAGACACUGAAGCGCCAGCAGCAGCCACCACUGGAGAAGCGGUUCGGAGACGCCACUCUCCACGUCCUUGAAGCCAGCCCGGAGCACAAAGAAGCCAGCCCAAAGCAUGCUGAAGACAGCCCAGAGCAUGCAGAAGAUCUCUCGGGGCACACAGAAGACUUCCCCAAGCUUGUAAAGGCCUGA